GCCGAUGAUGGUUCCACAGCUUGUCCGGGGACGGCUCAAGACUGCCAUCGAAGCAAAAUGGCCUGAGCACUGUUUGAGAGGCCCUCAAGACGCCCCAAGAGCGCCGCAAAGAUAUACUUUGGCCACCCAAGGAUGGCCGCUCCCGCGGGCGUGGGAGGCGGCACCUCUGCGCAGGCGGAUCCGCCACCGCCGCCUGCUGCCAUCCGCACGGCGCGCCUCUCCGCGUCCUCGCCUUCGGCGGCGAGCGGCGCGGCACAGUGGCCACCAGACACGGAGCCUGCAGCGGACACCGCGGCGGGGCUCAGCGCAACGGCAACGCCCCUCGAGGGCGACCCUUCGCUCGCGACGGCGAUGGCGACGCGGGACCCGGGCGCGCUCCCGCCGAGUUCUGCGGCGAGCUGCCCCGCCCGAGCGCCGCCCCUCGCCCCCGAGGCCGAGGCGUGCAGCCCCCCCGCGGAGGCGCCCAGGCCACGCGCCCCGAAGACAGAGCUGCCGCGCCGCGAGGGCACGAUGGACUCCACUGCGGCCGGCGAGGCGAUCUUCGGCAGGUCCCCGACAGACCCCGCCCGCUUCUCCUCCGAGCCGUCCCGCCGCACGCUGCCGCUGCUGCAGACGCCGCAGCAGAUCCGAGAGCACGCCGUGCGGCAGGCCGUGUCGGAGGGCCUCGGGGAGCUCCGGGAGCUGCUGGAGGUCAUCCGGAGCGAGCAGGAGACGCUCACCGCCAGGCUGGAGGAGGUCUUGGGCCGCAGGGACGAUCAGGCGCUCCCGAAGUCGCCGCAGCCCGUCGGACCAAGGUGCCGGAGCUCGGGGAGCCCGAGGUCUGGAGCACAGCGCGCCAUCACCGAGCCGCAGCCGUUCUCGCUGGCGAUGGUCCCCGAGUGGGAGCCCAGGAUGGGGCCCAACAGCAGGAGUGGAAAGGGCAAGGACGUUAGCGGAGACCGAGUGAUGAGUUUCGAAAAUUUGGACGACAUGUAUAUCGAUUUCUUGAUGAAAGAGGGUUGCGAAAGCAACAGCUGUUGCGUAUCCGCGUGGCGGGGAGCCCGCGUGGAGGGUACGUCCAGCGCGUCGGGCAGCGCCCAGAAGGCCAUGCUCACCGAGGCUGGGGAAAGCGAUCGGCGGCGCAACUUCAAUGGGAUGGCGCUUCCCGGCAACGGUUUCGACUCGGGGUUCGACGGACUUGACACCACGGCGAAGCCGCGACAUAGGCAAAACAGGAACCCAUCACCCAUCACAACCGCCAGGGACUACCUCACGGGAGGGCCGUCCAGCCCCUUCCGGAAGUCGAAGGCCUCUUCCCGUUCUUGGGCCACCUACUGCACGCAGCCACAGGCGCUCGGGAGGAAGCUCUCGGGGGACACGGCGCCCGACCCGGCCGACGACGAGGACGGCGGCUUUGUCAGCGCGUCUCGCAGCGAGGCCAGCGACCCCGCGGACCGCACGAAGAGAGCUCCAGAAGGCAAUGGGCUGCCGCACGCGCUCGAGCAGGAGGUCGCAAGCAUCCGACAGCUCCCAGGGGCCACGACGGAGCCGGCGGCACAGAAGAACCCAAAGAGGAGGUCAUCGUUGAGCCACGUGAUGGACAGGCUUGACAUCUACAGGACGACGGACUCGCACAAGGACAGCGAGGAGGCCGUCGUGUGCAAGUCCGCGGGGCACAGAGUAGACAGCCUGGGGACGCCCGAGAAUGUGCAAGACAUGGAGGCCCUCCGGCAGAAGCAGGAAGCGUUCAUCAUCGAGGGGGAGUACGUGCCAACGGACGAGGCAAACAAUGUGAGGACGCAGACGCCAGAGUCGACAUACUCCACCAGACGAGGCGCGGUCUAUCGCUUCGACAGGGGUCCGCAGAGGCUGCUCUACGUCUUCGGCAUACUGCGGUGGCGGCAGGGCCUAGCCGGCCAGCGCUACAGCAACAUGGUGUGCUUGGUGACCGCCUGCAUAGUCAUCUACAGCGCGUUGGUUACUCCGUGGUCGCCGUGGACAGACAGUGGGGACGGAGAGUCCACAUACGCCUCGCUCAUGGACAUGUGCGUGGCGAUCGGCUGCCUCAUCAGCCUCAACUCCAUGCGGCGCAAGGGCAUUCACCGCCUCCUGGGCCGAUGUGCUGACCGCCCCCUGGAGAUGAUAGCCAGCAGGUACGGUAUCCUCGAGGAGUGGCAGAGAGACUCCUUCCGGAGCUUCUUUGUGGUAGCUGGCUUCUUCUGCCUGGAAGUGGCUGUGCGAAUGUGGCUCAUGUUCGCGGACCACAAGAAAUUUCCCAGGAUGGAGGACGGAGGGCAGCCCGGCAUCCUGGCGCUGCACAACUUCCCCGUCUUCUUGUUCACCAGCGGACUCUUCGCGGCGCUGGUCUACUGCCACUUGCACCUCUGCUGCGGGCUCGGCUGGCUGGUCGACCAGUUCUACUGGGAGCUGUUCCGUGGGCUGGACGGCACAAAUUGCACGCGGAAGUGGAGCGUGGUGCAGGCAUUCCUGAGAAACGCGGCAACUACCAUGGAAUUGAGCUUCGUGGCCAUCCUCACAUCGGUGUUGCUGUCUUUAUUGCUCGUCGGGGCGGACACGAUUUUCACGACUAGGCGCGAAGACUUCACGAUGAAGCACAGGGUGCGUAACGACCUGCUCCCCGUGCUGCCGAAGCUCGUGCUCACCUUCUACAGCUGCUAUCGGGCGGCGCAGGUCACCGAGAGGUGCAAGAAGGCCCCCGCCCUCGUCAACAUGGUGAUCUCUGGGCCACGGGCGUUCGACUGGAAGCGGGCGGAGAAGCUCCAGAACGUGGUGCAGUACAUCGCCCAGAGCGACGCAGGGUUUUACAUUUUCAGCAAGCGGUUGGACAUGUCCACCGUGUGGAAGUGGCUCUACAUCGUGGGCCUAUUCCUAUUCUAUUUCGUGACGUACUCUCGGUGAGGCAUGAAGGGUAGAUGGCGAGGCGUCCCUGAAAUCGCUGGUCCUGCAUGAACGGCUGUGGUGUAGGACCAGCUGGGAUGUCCUUGCUUCCCUUGUGCGUAUGGAUAUUUUCUCAACGCUGCAGAUCUACGACAGGGAGCGCAACUGGUGACACUUGUUGCGCCACGCGUCCUUGGUGAGGCCAGCCUUGGGUUCCAAGGACUUUCUGCCAAGCGAUAUGUUGUUAUUUGUUUCGAAAUGUGCGUAUGUGCAUGUGUGGUCAGGUUCCACCGCGCCAGCUCCUUUCUGGCAGUUGACUGUCUUGUCUUGCCUCAGGACUUGAAUAAUCAUCAUGCUGGAGCGUCUGAAGUAUCAUUCAAUGGGAACUGCACAAGGCCAGAAUGAUGCCUCCCUUUCACGCGUGCAUUCUCAAUCAGGUGCGUCGCGUGCCUUUUUAAAUCACAAUCAACGGGAAAACUCCCCAAGGGAUUUUCUAACCCUGUAGGUAGCCUGGCACAAGGGGCUUGGAGCCCAGCCGCAUUUUUGUGACAUGAAGAGUUCAUGUACCCCCGUCGGGCUGACGCUGUCGCACAGUACUCAAAGAAGCCGUGGUAAUGACAACGAGAAUGUUGGUGCUGAUGUAUUCGGUUGUACUGUCGACGCAGCUGUCCUAAGUGUAGUGGGUCAAACGUAAGUGCGCUUGCCGCUCAAAGCACUUAUCUUGAGGCGCUUCAAAAUAGUGUGAUAGUGGCGUUGCUGGUGAAUCACUGCAACUCACGAUGAAGACUGCUGGUGAAUGACUCUAGUCUGCUGUGCUUUGUCUGGGCCACUCAUUACGGCUAUGAGCGACGCCUUUGAAUUGUACAUUUUAUAUUAGCUCCGCAGGGGAUCUUCAGGUUCGACCUGGGCGGACAAUCUGUAUCUACAGGGCUCGCACCUCUUUAAUCUUUGUUCGCCUAUCCUUUCGUGCUCUCGUUGGCCAACUGUCCAACCUUCCUUUAGGUGCGCUUCCCCUCCGUUGUUCCAGCUGCUCGCAAGUGUUUCUGCAGAUAUGCCGAAUUCGAUGCAUAUUUCCAAGGAUUGUGCACAGAGCGGCGCGAUGCUCUGGGCGGAUAAGGUGGCGAGCUGUUUCGGAGGCCCAAGGCAUUGUGCGCGUCGGAUAGAAAAGCGCCACACAUAUACCUUCAAGAGAGCACCCUGAGGCCAGAAGUUGUUCUAGUCCUGCGAAAGUAGCGUGUUGCCGUAAAGUGUCUCAACGAUGUUCGGC